UUUCAGAAAUGAAAAACACAAAAGUGAAAGUUAUACUAUGAAAAAAUUUGCUGGUAUCAAGCGGGUUCUUGAUGGGUUAAAUGGGACAAACAAUGAUUGUUCUUCAAAUCAAGAUAUCAACGACAAGUUAACUGCUGAAGACUUCAUUCUUGCUAAGGUAGGAAGAUAUGGAUUACCUUAUCAUGCAACAUGCAUUGCUUUGGAUCAUGUUCAAAAACUAUUAGCUAUUGGUACAGCUACAGGUGCAAUAAGAAUUUGCGGUAAACCAGGUGUGGAAUGUCAUAUAAACCAUGAGACAAAUGCAGCUGUUACUAUGCUGUUAUUUCUUAUAAAUGAGGGUGGAUUGGUAAGUGUUUGCAAUGAUGCCAGUUUGCAUAUUUGGAGUAUAAGACAAAAUAAACCUGCACUAAUACAGUCUUUAAAUUUUAAAAAAGAGAGAAUAACUGCAAUACACAAUCCAUUUGGGUGGAAGUGGUUGUAUGUGGGUACUGAACGUGGAAAUGUUUACAUUGUAAAUGUUGAAACCUUCCGUGUGUCUGGUUAUGUUAUACAAUGGAAUCAUGUUAUUGAUGUCACCUAUAAACACAACCCAGGUCCAGUUGUUAAUAUUACCAGCAACCCUCAAGAUGAAAACAAAUUGCUUUUGACAUUUGAAAGUGGAAUUUGUGUUCUUUGGGAUGUGCGUUCUAAAAAAUAUACUCAAACUUAUCAGAUGGAUCAGGCUACACAAACCAUAACUUGUGUUUGCUGGAAUGGAGAUGGUAAGCAAUUCAUGGCAGGUCAUUGGAAUGGCGCCACAUCAGUUUGGAAUUAUAAAAACUCUAAAAAACCAGAAGAACUUCAAAUGCCUCAUGGUUCUGGAAAAUCUUCCAGUGAAAAUGAGAAAAAUGUUUGUUGUCCAAUUCUUAAAAUAGAAUGGUACACAGGAAAAGAAGGGGAUAUUCCAUUGGUAAUUUUUUCCGGAGGUAUGUCUGCUGGUAACAAAAAUAAAGGAUUAACGUUGAUUCGCGGGCGAUCAAAGAAUCUUGUUUUGUCUGAUUUUAUUGUUGAUUUUCAAUGUCUUUUAUCAACGCCCAGAAUGGCAGAGCUUCCUGAGCCACUUGCUUUGUUCGUUCUUCUAAGGAAUGAGAUAGUGGUAUUUGAUUUGUUAGGUCCUGCUGCUCCAAGUCUACCUUGGUUUCAGCUUCCUUUUACUUUUGAUAUCCAUGAAUCACCUAUAACAUGCAUACAAUUUCAUCCUGAAUGUCCUAAUGAUUUACUUGCUGCUCUACAUUGUAUCUCAAACACUACAAGAGAUCUUGCUGGAAGUUCCAAAAGGGUUUGGCCAUUGACAGGUGGGCAGGAUAUAGAGGUUUUCCAAGCACCUUCUCUCAUUAUAACAGGACAUGCUGAUGGUAGCAUAAAAUUUUGGGAUGCUACCUCAAAUAUGCUCAUUCUUUGCUUUAAAUUAAAUGUAUCACAUUUAUUUGAACACCCUGGAAUUAAAAGGCAAUCUAGUGGAACUAGUAUACGAAGUAGGUCUUCAAAUGAUUAUGAUGAUCCAUUUGCAAUUCAGCAUAUCCAGUUUGAUGUGUAUGAUAGAAUAUUAACUGUUGUGUGUCAAAGUUAUUUUCUGGUAACUUUUUCAUAUUCAGCUGAAGAGAACAACAUUGAAACUUCUAAAUUAGAUGUAAACUUUUUGAUUGAUGUUUCUCAUGAAUCAGAUGUUCUUACAACUGGAGUUGAUCCGUUAGUAAUAAAUGAGCAAGAUUCCCUUACUCGUACACCAUCGCAAACACGUUUACAUUCAAAUUCUUUGCAUACAUUACAUCCACCAGUAAAAACAUCAUCUACUAAAUGGUCUGCUGGUAUGCAGCCUGUGUUAUUUAUUCAACAGAUAACCACUGAACCAAUGUGCAGUAUAACAUCGAUUUCACAAUGUGCUGCAUAUGGAUUAGUUGCAUUUGGCAAUACAUUGGGAGUUUCAAUUGUUGACUUCAAACAAAAAUGUUUAGUGAUUGUUGUCAUGAGUAGCGAUCUUGGAGUGGCUGGCGAUUGGACUGAUUUUACAAAUCCAAAAGUCAGUCUUAGUCAGUCUAAUAGCAUACCAUUUGAUCAAACAAAUGGUAUGGUGCAAGCAGUACCAAAAAGAAGAGAAAGGUCAUCAAGAAUGUUCUCUAGUGUCUCUGAAACCCAUGCAAAAUUAAAAAGACAUUCUUCUGCUAAUCCCCCUACACAUUCAAACAAGGAUCACGAGGAUUUGGUGUUUAAGGAAAAUGUUGCAUCUGGAUCGGUACAAUCUUUGUGUUUUACAUACAGCUACACAAAAAAAAAUGGGAACCAAGUUUUUCCAGCAUUAUGGGUAGGGACAAGUGUUGGUAAUGUGGCAGUUAUAACUUUAAAUAUUCCACCUACUGGCGAGCAGCGAUAUAUACAGCCAGUUAUGGCUCUUGUCACAGAUACUCAUACUGAUCAUCGACAUUGUGUGUUAGAUUUAACACAUUUAGACUCUUAUGGAAAUAUUAUAAGAUCGCCUUUUGAACAACACUCCUCUACCUGCAGUUUAGCUAGUACAGAAUCAAGUGAAAAGCAAUACAUUUGUAUUACUACGGAAAAGUCUAUUAAAGUAUUAAUUCUUCCAUGGUUUAAAACACAUGCAUCUGUGGACCCUGUUGGUGCUGAUGCUUUUAUAGUAAAAGCAGACUCGAUGCCUGUUGAAGGUGGAAACUGUUUGGGUUGUUUGACUACAGAUGGCUUCCUAAAAAUUUUUAGUUUGCCAAGUUUACAUCCACUGUUAGACUUACAGUGUGGCAUAUCAUUAGCAGAUUACAGGAUGAUUAAAACAUUCACAUUCGGUAAAAGUGGAGAAGCGAUAUUUUUGUCAUCACCAACAGAAAUUCAGAGGAUAGUUUUCACAAAACAUAAAGAGGAAAGUUUUUCUGAUGACCAAGGUUGUUUGUUUACAUUGUGUCAACUUCCUCAACCUAAGCCUCGAGGGUUUUUUGAAACUUUAUUUGGAUCUACUCCAUCUGCUCUUGAUAGAGAUGAGUUAUUUGGUCCAAAGAGUGGUGCACUCACUCGUCAUGUAGCAGUUCACAAACCAGGUAGCGGAAUGGAAACAUUGCGUUGUCAAACUGACAGUGCAGCAUCUGCAGUUUCAAAAGCCCAAACACUGCUUAUAGAACGAGGACAGAAUUUAAGUCAUCUAGAAGAAACAACAGCUCGCAUGAAUGAGCACGCUCAAGGGUUUUCCUCGGCAGCUAAAGCAUUGGCGGAUAAAUACCAGCGUAAAAAAUGGUACCAGCUGUAGUUUCCUAAUUUACGCAUAAUUUAAAAUUUUUUAUCUAAAUAGAUUCGGUGUAGUAGAAGCUGCUGUUCAUAGAGAUGAUAAAAAUUACCAGUUUGAAUUUCGAUGCCAGUCAUUAUUGCAAUAAAAUAAAAGCGGGCGAUAAAAUGCUCAUCCAGCUUUACGGAGUUUGGAACUAGCAAGACUUGAAAAAGUUCAACUGCUAAAUUUGGGAUAUUAAAGUGCUUGUUCGCUACCGAUAAAAUUCACUUCAACAAUUUGUUUCCAGUUUCCUUAAAUUCCUAAAAAGUAUUUUGUAAUCUUCAAUUUGUAUUUUUAUAAAUAAGAAAAAGUGGUUGCCACGUUUAUUUUUGUAGGUUGGAAAGCGUUCUGUAAUUUAUAAACUGGAAAGCGUUCUGUAAUUUAACAUCUAUUUUUAUAUGGCUCAAUAAUUGAAUUUUCAUUAAA